CCUUUUCCCUUUCUCUUUCCAAAUCCCUCCCCAAAUCCUCCAACCAAACACAGCGUAAAGGUGCAUCUUGCUUCAAAGGAAUUAACAAGAGAUCAUAAUCUACACACAAAAGAUGUGAGAGCCAGGGUUGAAGCAGCUGGUGGUGAUAUCACUGAGUGGGAUCCACCUCUAAUCAAUGGUCAUUUUCCUAUGACACCUGCUAUUGGCGAUGCUCCUUUAAAGAUGUAUUUGGUGGUUGCAUCGGAUGGCAUAUUUCAAAGUCUGGAGCCAAAGGAUGUCUGUGAUCUCUUACAAGAUGCACAUUUCCAAGGCAACAAGAAGUCGAAGCAAAAAUCCUCUUGUUUGUUGUUGUCCUCACUGGCAGACUGCAUCGUCCACAACGCAUUUGAGAAAGGCAGCACUGAUAAUUUGUUUGCUGUUGUAGUUCCACUAAUGUCAGUUGGUUUUAACACAAGAACCCUUGUAGGUAAGGAAGUGAGUGGAGUAACAUUGAUUCUUCUGCUUUAGCACCUUGAUUGCUUUGUUUACACUUUUCUUUUCUGUAAUUAGGGAUGAACAUGAGUUAGAUAACUUUGUAAAUAUGUUUUCUAGUCAGAUAAGCAGCACAUAUAGAUUCUAGUUCAAUUUGGUC